AUGAAAAGCAAAAGUGAUGCAAUAGUUGUUGUACCAACACUCUUUAGUAAUAACAAUUAUUAUUGGAUUAGACUCUAUUAAAGCUUUUGUCAUCUUCAAAAAUGAUUGGAUUAUAGCAGAUUUAAAAUAUGUUUAUUAAAUGUCUAAAAAUGCUUAAAAAUUAAUCAAUAAAUUAGAAAUUUAAGAAACAUAAUACAUAUAUACAACAUCAGAUAAAAUAAUCAUUUAAACAAAAGAAGGAUGGAUUCAUAUUAUAAAUGAAGAAUUUUCAAAAUAAAAUUUGUUUCAUUUGAAUAUAUUUAGUUUUUGUAGAUUAUGCAUACAUUAAGAUCUACUAUUUUCUAUAAAUUCUAAUCAAUUAGAAACAAGAAAUAUAAAUAGUCUAGAUAUAGAAUUUUAUGAAUAUUAAUCUGAAAUAUUUUGUACAUCUAUUAAAGUAAUAAAUUCAGAAAUAGAUUAAUUUAUAAUAAUAGUAUUAGACAAUGGAAUUAUAGAUGUUUUAAAAAAUAAAACUUAAAUACAUAAAUAUUAAUUAAGUUAAAAUAAAUAAAAUCCAAUAUUUGUAUAUGAUUGUAUUCCAAUUAUAUAAAAUAAAGNUCUUAUUUAGAUUAUUCUUAAAGUAUUAUUAGUUGUUAAUUUUAUUUUUCUAAAUCUCCAUAUUGCAGAUUUUUUUUCUAAAGAUAUUCUUUUAUGA